AUGCAUCAUACUGGCAUUGACAAUUCUUUGAUUGCCAUAGACACAUAUCUAACCAACGGCAUUUCUCCUGAAAAGGCCAACUUAGGAUUUGCAUUCUACGUCAAAUGGUAUCGAACAGAUGGCGACUGUAGCCUCGAGCCUAUAGGCUGCAAGACAGCAUUAAUGGAAGAUCCGAAAACAGGAAAGGAUCUCGGUACCAGCGGCUCCUUCUCAUGGCAUGAUAAAGUACCUAAAGAACUCGAGAAGUCAUUUCAUACCGCUUUGAACAACAGAGAAUGGGACAACGACGGAAACUACUACUGGGAUGCAGAAGAGAAGAUCUUUUGGUCAUGGGACACGCCUGCGUCUAUGGCAGAAAAGUUUCCGGCCAUUGUUAAACGUCGCAAGCUUGGAGGCGUCUUUGCUUGGGGCCUAGGAGAGGAUGCCGAUGGGUAUCUCCAUUUAAAGACAUUGAACGCUCUCUUCAGGAAAUACCUCAAGCCGUAUGUUCUUCCCAGCCACCAGCUUUAUUGA